AAAAAAUAUUUAUUCUUAUUACUAGUAUGUAUCCUACACAUUUCAGCUGCGGUACCUGUGCCUAUUAUAGUGUUGGCUACAGUGCUACCAAGUAUUGUGUUGAUAAUCGGAUGUGUAGUUUACUGUAAAUGCAAACACCAGCAUGAAAAUAUGGCAGGUCAUAGAAAUGUUACAGCAAUACAGCCUUCAACUGUACACUAUCCUCCGAGCCCUCAAAUCCAUGCACAAGGCUUUCGGACCUAUCCUUUAGGGACUCAUGUUCCAGUACCACAAGAACUACACGUUCCAACUCGAACUCAACACACUAACAUACCUUUGCAGCAGGCUCCUUACGUGAGGACAAGCCCGGGUCGGUAUGGGGCUCAGCAAAGGAGCCAUUUCCAGCCAUUACAGGAAACCAGUUUUGGCCCGAGCUGUCCGAGUGUGUCGCAACAAGUCCAAAUUCCUGCAUCGCCAAAGAUUGCAGAUCAACCAACCACACUUGGAUCUGGUAAUUAUGUGCCACAUUUACCCCCUUCAGGUGCACCCCCGUCCUAUGAGGCUGCCGUGAAUUCUAGUUAUAAUGAACGUAUGGAAGAGUACAAGACCGACUGGGAUAGCAGACGAUAAUAUAAAUGUCUGAUACAUAAAUGAAAAUAUAGAAUAUACCGACUAUAAUAAAAAAAAUAAUUAUACUGGUGAUAAAUAAACAGGAAGAAAAACAUAAAUGUAUUGAGCUAAAAAAUGUUAAUGAAAUUGUUUGGCUUUCAUAUUUAGACACGUUACUGUUUUGUUUAUUACACAUGUAAUAAAUAUGUUGUUGAUUUUU